AUGUUGGAUUGUGCUGCGAACGACCAAGUGCAACCUGCCUACCGCGGCACCACGACGUCGCGAUGUCUUUCUUGCAAACUUUUGAGUCACGACAAGAAAGGUGGCGGUGAUUCUCUAUGGGAGGGGAAAUAUUUGAAAUGUAUUCCCUCUGCGGGUGCUUUUGUGGUGGGCGUUGCUUUCUUUGGUAAAGGAUGCAGAGCAUAUAGUGAGGGAUUCACGACUUGA